ACUUUUAAUGGAUGCAAUCUAGAUAAAUUCCAAGUACGAAAUAAAUUAAUUUGUUCUUAAAUUAUCUUUUUUCAAUUUCUUCAAGUUUUCCUCUCCGAUUUCUUCUUUGUUCUUCUCACUCUCCCCAUAACUGUGAUGGAUGGUGGGACAGACACAAAGGAAAUAUAUGAAAAUGUCAUGAACAUUUUGGAAGAUUUAACUAGCAAUGCUCAUAAACUACAAGAACAAGUGUUGGAGGAGAUACUGAAGAGCAAUGCAGGAACAGAAUAUCUAAGCAGAUUCUUCCCCAAUGGCCAAGCGGACAAGCAAAGCUUCAAAACAAAUGUCCCCAUUAUUACUUACGAAGAUAUCAAGCCUUACAUCGAUCGGAUUGCUAACGGAGACACCCCAUCGAUCCUUUUGGCUUACCGCAUCACCCAGUUCAUCCAAAGCAGUGGUACUUCUGGGGGGCAGCCGAAAUUGAUACCUAUGACGGUUGAAAGUUUUGAGAAAAGGAUGUAUGAACCUCUUCUGCCUGACCUUGUGAUAAAAAGAUGUUUUAAUGGCUCGGACGAAGGCAAAUCAUUGUACCUAUAUUUUAUCAAACCAGAGAUGGAAACUCCAUCUGGAUUAGUGGCAUCACUAUACACAACAUUCUAUUUCAAGACCAAAAGCUUCAAAACGGGCCUGGCGAAGUUUUGCACAAGUCCUAUUGAGACCAUCUUAUGUUCGGACAACAAGCAAAGUAUGUUCUGCCAAUUGCUUACUGGUUUACUACAGCGCGAUGAGGUCGUACGGAUGGGUUCAAGCUUUGCAUCAGUUUUGCCAAGGAGCAUCAAAUUCUUAGAUGAUUAUUGGAAAGAAUUAUGUUCUAACAUUAGAACAGGUUAUCUCAGUGAUUGGAUUACCGAUGCUGGUUGCAGAAAUGCUAUGUCAUUGAUCCUUACGAGGCCAAACCCUGAAAUGGCUGAUUUGAUUCAACAAAUAUGUGAAGAUAAAUCAUGGGAAGGGAUCAUUAAGAAACUUUGGCCUAAAAUCAAAUAUAUUACUUCUAUCUGUACAGGUAGCAUGAGCCAAUAUAUUCCAUUACUUGAAUUUUAUGGAGGAGGGAUCCCUUUAGUUUCACCAAAUUAUAGUUCUUCGGAAGCUUGUUUCGGGAUCAAUUUAAAACCCCUAAGCAAGCCCUUUGAUGUCUCUUACACCUUUCUCCCAAAUACGGCCUACUUUGAAUUUCUCCCUGUGAAUAAAGAUGGUGGAGGAAAGGCUCGAGACACUAGGACAAUUGACAAACCGGUCGAUCUUGUGAAUGUGAAGCUUGGUCAAUAUUACGAAGUUGUUGUCACAACUUUGACAGGUCUAUAUCGGUACAGAAUCGGAGAUGUUCUCAAGGUGACCGGAUUCUAUAAUAAAUCUCCACAGUUUCAAUUUGUUGAACGACAAAAUGUGGUUUUGAGUAUUGAUUUGGACAAAACAACUGAAGAAGACCUUUCGAAAGCAAUCAUGAAAGCAAAAAUUGUCCUUGAACCACUCGGCAUCAUGUUAACCACAUAUAGUAGCUAUGCUGACACUUCGUUGAUGCCAGGUCGAUAUGUAUUAUUUUGGGAGCUGAAGAUGAAAGGCAGGAAUGAUUUACCAAAACUUGAUGCCGAGAUAAUGGAACAAUGCUGCUGUAUAGUGGAAGAAUCCUUUGAUUUUACAUAUAAAUCACUUAGGAAAGGUGGUAUAAUUUCAGGUUUAGAGCUAAGGGUGGUUAAACAUGGAACCUUUGAUCAACUCAUGGAUUACUAUGUAUCAAAGGGAGCUUCCAUUACCCAAUACAAGCCACCUAGUUGCCUUAAAUCUAAGGAAGCUGUAAAAAUUUUAAAUUCAGGGAUGGUGGGGAAGUUUUUCAGCUCCAAAACUAUGUUUUAAGCUGCACUGUUUUAGGAUUAAUCAAGCAUUGUGGAGGUAAUCCUACAAGGUGAAAAUAUUGCAGAUAUUGACUUUGCUACUGAAUUGGUUGUUUUUGUUUCAUUGACAGCAACUUGUGGAUUAAAUAUUAUUCUUAUUUGAAUUAAUUAAUGGAAUGCAAUUUAAAUUACAUAAA